AUUCCGCCAUGUUUGGCGUACGGGUCACAAAUGCGUCCGACUAGAAACACGAGUUACGGCGGAACCUUUGCGAUGAGGAGAGCCGCAAAGGUUGUAACACCGAUCGUUUCGGAGCAGGCGUCUGCAGAAAAUAAAGAUGGAUGAGGUAUCUGCAGAUGCGGUCACCCUGGACCUCCUGAGAGGAGCCAGAGAGACGGUGAGAGCCAGUCCUCUGGGGGUCAUCCAGACCCCCAUGAUCAGCUGGUCUCAGACCACUUUACCUCUGAGCAUCAGCUGUGACGUCCACAUCAAACUGGAGAACCUGCAGAGAACUGGCUCUUUCAAGAUCCGUGGCGUCGCCAACCAGUUUGCCAGGAGACCGAGCGGUGGACACUUUGUCACCAUGUCUGCUGGGAAUUAUGGGAAAUCUUUUGCGUACGCCUUAAAACACUACGGCUCCAAGGGAAAGGUGGUGAUGCCUGAAACCGCCCCGGAGUCCAGGUCCAUCCUCAUCAAGAGUUUUGGAGCGGAGGUGGAGCGAGUUCCUACAUCAGGUCUGAUGGAGGUGGUGCAGCGCUGUGUGCGCGAGGAAAACAUGACUUUCCUGCAUUCCUACGAUGACCUGGAUCUGAUAGCGGGACACGCCAGUCUGGGCCUGGAGCUGCUGGAGCAGGUGCCGGAGCCCGAUGUGGUGGUGGUGUGCUGCGGUGGAGGAGGUCUACUGGCCGGAGUCGCUUCUGCCAUUAAACUGUCAGGCUGCAAUAAAACCAGAAUCUACGGCGUGGAACCGGAAGGAGCCUGCACCAUGUACACAAGCUUCAGAGAGGACAAACCCGUCUGGAUGGAUGCUAAGAGUGUCGCCUCUGGUCUUGCACCGCCCUCUGCAGGCCGGCUGCCGUACGAGCUGUGCCGACGCUUCGUGGAGAGGAUCGUCCUGGUGAGCGAUGGGGAAAUCAAAGAAGCCGUCUCCACCCUCUACAAAGCUGGACUCGUGGUGGAGCCGUCGGGAACUGCCGCUUUCGCAGCCGUCGUCAACGGCAAGAUUCCCGACCUGGAGGGGAGGAGGGUCGUCUGCAUCCUCAGUGGAGGGAACAUCGGAAAAGACGAACUUGUCACCUUUCCUGGAUAAAAAACUAAAUGAGAUGUAUCAGAAAUCUGCUCUACUGUAGAUUUACUGUUUCCUCUAGAAACAUUUUGAUCAAUUUAGUAUGAAAUCAGUCAAAUAAUUUCUACUAUUUUUAACUUUUAACAGAUUAAAUUUGAGGACAACACGAUAGUUUAACAGUUUGCCAACCAUCGUGUGACAUUUGUCUCCACAAUACAGUAAUAUAGACAGGAGAUUAUUGUGUACUGUAGUUUUACAGCAUUCAAACUGUCCCAUAUCAUGACACCUCCUUAGCCAUGCUAGACACUAGAUACUGAAUGUUUGUGGUGAAAUUAUUUUGUAACAUCUUAAGUGCUGUGCAUUAUGGGAGAUUUUGACUUCCGUUUUCAGCUGCUGGAUUAAAAAAAAAAUAAUAAUAAUAAACCCAUACCAUCACUCCUCCA